AUGUGGACCAAGGUACGCUCUUGGUCCAACAAAAUCGGCGCUGAAGAAUUUGGCAUAGAACGUAUACCGGAGGAAAUUCGUACAAAUCAACAUCCGCGCGACUAUUUCACGAUUUUCUUCUCUGCGAAUUGUAACACUGCUACUCUGGCAACUGGCUUUCUCGGACCCGUGACGUUUGGACUUGGAUGGUGGGAUUCAUUCCUCGCAAUUAUCUUCUUCAACGUGCUCGGCGGGCUUUUCCCAGCAGUGAUAGCAACCCUAGGCCCGAGACUCGGACUCCGCACCAUGAUCAUUCCGCGAUACAGUUUUGGAUGGUGGCCCGCAAAGGUUCUGGCUAUUCUCAACGUCAUAAACCAAGUCGGCUGGGGAGUGGUCAAUUGUAUAUCGGGUGCGGCAGUGUUGAGUGAUGUAGGUAGCCACGGAAUUCCAAUGAUUGCCUCCAUUAUCAUCGUGGGGAUCAUAGCUAUCGUUCUUGGUCUCUUCGGGUAUAAAGUGCUACACUUUUAUUCGAGAUAUUCUUGGAUGGUCAUGCUGGUCUGCUUUAUCAUAACAGCAGGAUUUGGUGCGCGCCACUUUGUGAACGUGCCAUGGGGUAGUGGAUCUCUCGAGGCCUCUAACAUUCUUUCUUUUAGCACAUCUAUUAUCGGAUUUCAGGCUGCAUGGGCGCCAAUUGCAGCGGACUAUGGUGUCUACAUGCGUGAAGAUACCAAGUCCUCUGUGAUUUUCUCUUGGGCUUAUGCCGGUCUUUUGUCGAGUCAAAUUCUACUCGAAUUGCUUGGAGCGGCCAUCGGCACACUGGUCAUGAACACCGAUCCACGCUUCCAAACGGCCUAUGGCCAGCAUGGUCUCGGUGGGCUCUUCGGCUCUGUAUAUGAAGGAAUAAACCCCGGAGUACGGGGCUUCGGAUAUUUCAUUGAAGUCCUCAUUGGCCUGUCCACAGCAGCUGUCAUAACAACGAACAUUUACUCGCUAGGCUUGAGCAUGCAGAUGAUUACAAAGAAACUUGUCAUUGUACCCCGCCUUGUUUGGUCUAUGGUCGGAAGUAUCGCAUUUCUUGCCAUUGCAUUGGCGCUUCGAGACCAUUUCGAGGCUGUAUUAGAAGAUUUUCUUCUCGUAUGUGCAUACUGGUUGGUGCCAUUUUGCAUGGUCAUUAUUCUAGAGCACUUUAUCUGGAGAAGACAGUAUGAGUAUGACCUUGGUGUAUGGAAUGAUCAUACUCGCUUGCCAUACGGCAUCGCAGCAAGCGUGGCCUGGGUGUGCGGUACCGUCAUCUCAGUUGUCGCCAUGAGUCAGACUUGGUGGAUUGGUCCUAUCGCUGCUGCAAUACCAGGGUCUAGCUACGGGACUGAUAUCAGUUGGAUUUUGGGCGCAGCGGUCUCGACUGUUCUUUAUAUUCCCAUAAGGAUUUGGGAAAGGAAGCAAUGGCAACUCUGA